UUGCUUUUUAAAUUUCAGGGAGCAAAGUGUACGUCUCCAGCACGUUUAAUAUGUUUCCGUUCAGAAUAUUUCUCAUAAUACUUUUUACGUACAAAAUUUGUAACUACGCAACCGUCGGGUGGUUGCUAUUUCCAGCUAGCACUGUGUUACAGAUAACAAUGUCUGUAUCCGCGCCCGUUGAACUCAAGGAUAUGAGACUUUAUUUCGAUUGGGGAUUCCAAGUUAACUACAAUCUACCUUACGAUUUGUCGAAUUUCUACGACGUUGCAAAGUGGCCAGGACAUUCUAGACAACACACAAGGGCUAUUUCCUAUGACAAAUACAACAUCCAGAACAGCACUCAUCCCGCAGAUGCAACUGCAGGCGAAGUGUACAUGGCGUUGGAGGAACUUAUGAUCGGUUUAGGAUUCCAUGAAACGUGUUUACUGAAAAGUGUUUGUGAAGUAGCGCGACAUCCUUUCGACUUGGAAAGUGAAAAUUUAAUUGCGGAAAUCGUCAAUUUUGUUUUGAGUCCGUCUCUACACAAAUCGUUUGGGGAUAAUGAGAAAGUUUACAGAGCUGCGUAUGAAUCCGCAGAAAGAUAUGGAGCCAGUGGUAUUGAUUGCGAUUUUAUAUAUCCCGAGUGCCCGGUGGCCUUCGUCGAAGCUGUAACCAAAGUCGAAUUUGAAUAGAUUUAACAUAAACACGAUAUUUCUUAUGAAACUGUUUAAAGUUUAAUCAACUCCGAUAAACAUUAAAAGAUUUGAUAAUUGCAAU